AUGGCACAAACACAAGAAUUUCUAUCAUUAACUGAUUUGGAGCGAAAAAUCGAAACAGAUGACCAAGACAAAAAUGGAGAAGAACAAGAAGCUAAUCAACAACAGCACAAAAUCGUGUCAUUGUUGCAAGAACUAUUGGCUAAACAAAAUUUGCUUACACAAGAUAUGGCAACACAACAGAUCACAAUUAAUAAUCUUUCUCAAGCAGUUGAAGCUUUACAAGGAACCAAAAUAUCCUAUCCAAAUAUACCAGUAACUAAUCCAUCUUUAGCACCAACAACAGCUUCUGUCUCAGAGCUAACACCAUCUAUGAUGAAAAGUGUUGAACUUAGCCUCAAGGAACAAGCUUCCAAACAACUGCAAUCGAAACGGAUCGAUCAACUACUUAAUUCUAUCCCAUUUUCUGGAUCCAAUUCACAAGAGGUUUCAGACUGGAUCGAAGAUUUCGACGAUAAGUGUGAUCAACUCCAACUAGGAGAUGUUCAACGUUUAUCCGUGGCUAUUAAUCUUCUCACAGGUAAUGCAAAACUAUGGUAUGACACACAUAAGCAUACCAUUGAUGAUUGGAUAACACUAAAAAACAAAUUAACGACCUACUUCAAACUUGUAACUGGUAGUGAUCAAUUUCAACUGGAACAAAAGCUCUACAAUCGACGACGACAACCAAACGAGUUGGCAAUUGAUUACUGUCACAGUGUCCUUAAACUCUGUUCAAAAGCUAAUAAACUAAUGGAUGAAGAAACUCAACUCAAACAUCUCAUCAAAGGACUCAAUCCAGCAGCUCAAUUACACAUGGAUUUGCAGAAACCUGGUACUACUGAAGAGUUUUUUGAAGCUCUUAUCAAGUACGACAAAUGGCAAGAAGAAGAAAAAUUCCAACGGAAAAUUAUGACAUCGUCUGAUCAGCGCAGAAAUAUAUCAACAAGAACAAUGCAACAUUCUGUAAUGCAACGAGAACAAUAUUCUACAAAUCCAAGAUAA